AUGGUGAACGAAAAGAAGACUCAGCCCAAGCGGAACACAAAGAAGACCCGAUCCGCCAUCUCCGAUGUCGUCGCCCGCGAGUACACAAUCCACAUGCACAAGAGAAUCUUCGGCGUAGCCUUCAAGAAGCGAGCACCCCGCGCCAUCAAAGAGAUCAAGGCCUUCGCUCUCCAACAGAUGGGCACCUCCGACGUCCGCCUCGACCCGCAAUUGAACAAGAAAAAGCGCAACGACGAGGAGGGUGCCAAGGAGAAGCUGUACAGCUAUGUGCAGGCGGUGAAUGUCAAGAACCGGGAGGCCAAGGGGCUGCAGACUAUUGUCGUUGAGGAUUCGUGA